UUAUCGACCCUGGAAUCUUACUAGAAAGUAAAUAAAAUGAACGAGUGCCAAAUCCGAGAGCCAUGUCCGUGGUUGAUAUGUUGAAUUGAGAAGUUAGUAGGGUUCCUUCAUUCGACUCAAACACACAAUGAGUUUGUCUCUCAUUCAAGGUUAUUCUUCCGCCGAAGACGAAGACCAACCCCAACCCCACGAUUCCGACCUCGAAGAUUCCGACGAUGAAGCCGCCGCCGCCGCCUCCUGGACCGCCGCCGCAAACCACCCUUCUCUGGGCGACAGAUCCAUCUUCGACCACGUUCCGAAUCCUCCUUCUGCCACGGGUCUUCCUUCUGCAUUCGACGCUUUCUCCGAAAUUGCAGAACCGCCACAAUUUCUGAACAACAGUGUGGAAGAGUAUAACAACAACCCUUCUUCGAGAGACGCUGAUGAGCAACAAGGGAAGCAUGCCAAUAGGUGGCGCCGCAAGGACAAGAAGGAUUUACCUACAGGUGCGGUCGUAGAGGCAAAACCUCAACUGGUUGGGAUUCAUGAGCGAGUAAGAAGUGACAUCAAUGGUAGCCAAGCACCAACAUCAGCUGCCUCAGGCACAUCAGAAGGAGGCAAGUGGGCGCCAACUGCAACAAAUCCUAAUGCUGAAGAUGCUGCAGAGCUUUUAAGAAUGUGCUUGCAGUGUGGGAUUCCCAAAACAUACUCUAGUGCACGUGGAAUGGUCUGCCCUGUAUGUGGUGAUCGCCCUCCAAAGGAUGAUACCAGCACAGAAUCCAAGAAGAAAGGAUCAACUGUCAAAGAUAAGGAAAAAUCUAAAAGGAUGAAGGGUCAAUCAUCCCAUGCAACCUGGAAAAGUGAAACAGAGAUGCAUCUAAGGCAACAGUUUGAUUAGCAUUAUGUGUUUCCUUGUAGGUUACCAGUUACCUGGUAGAAUGUGUUUGUGUUUAGGACAAUGCUGUUAAAUUAACAAACUUCAUUGUUAUCAAUGCCAACAGAAGUACAAGUUGCUACAUAUGACUCUAAAAUUAUGGUAUCAUUAGUAGCUGAAGUUAGAUUUUUGUU